CCGUCCGAGUAGAUAUUUGUGCAGAUUCGAACAAAUUUACUCGUGUAAUGGAUACGAAAGUAUGAAAGUUAUCGGAAAUACGGAACAACAAGACCGGUGAAAAGUGACCGGCAAGUGCGCCGAUGCACCAUGGAAUAUAAAGAGAGUCGGGAAUGCAGUCAUUUCUCGUCAAGUCGCGCCCAUGACAACAUCACCGAGUGUGUAAGUGCACAUCUGCUUUCUACCAGCGUUGCGCUUGCGUUUCAACGUUCGAACAGUAUAAUUAUAAUCGUACGAUCGAGUCGAAAGCAAUGGACAAAGAACCGAUCGUAUUCUCGUAUUUGGAGAAUGAAACGAAAGAAAAGUUAGAUGAGAUGUACGGUGUCAAUCCUGCCUUCCUCCGAGUGCAACCGAGCCGCUGCUUAUUGCCACCGCAAUUUGUCUUCUACGCGCAAAAGAUACGCGACCUGAAGGUGUACGAGGAUGAUGUUUGGAUGGUCUCGUUUCCUCGGACUGGCAGCCAUUGGAUGCAGGAAAUGGUGUGGUGUAUCGGGAAUGAGUUCGAUUACGAGAAAAGUCGCACACAUUUUCUCGAACGGUGUCCUCUGCUCGAAAGUUCAGCUAUCUGGAUUGGCGAGCAGUUUAAAAUUCCUUUAACGAAAUUAGGCGAUCCACUUGAGUACGUGGCAAAAAUGCCGAGACCGCGAUAUAUUAAAACGCACUUACCUUGGGCCUUAUUGCCACAAGAACUUAGCGAGAAAAAGCCAAAGAUAAUUUACGGCGCGAGAAAUCCAAAGGACACGUGCGUCAGUUUUUAUCACUACUGCAGAACAUUUCACAAUAUGCAAGGAAGCUUCGACGAGUUUGCGGAGUUAAUGCUGCGAGAUAAUAUUCCCAUGGCUCCCUUUUGGAAGCAUGUUUUGCCAUUUUGGAAGAUGAGAGAUCAAGAAAACAUCUUAUUCCUUAUGUACGAAAAAAUGAAACGGGAUCAAGCUGGGGCAAUUAAGAAGACGGCAACGUUUUUAGGCAAGAACGUGACGGAUGAACAAAUCGUCGAACUGUGCGAACACCUGAAAUUUUCGAAGAUGGCCACGAACCCGUCGGUGAACUUGGAAAAAUUGCUGUCGGAUGAGGCGCGACAGGAAGAUCCAAAUUACAAGUUUAUCAGGAAAGGCAAAGUCGGGGACUGGAUAAACUAUAUGUCGAAGGAUCUGUCACAGCGUUUCGAUGAAUGGACCGAGGAGCAUUUGCGCGGGACCGGCCUGCAGUUUCACACGGAUCUUGUUGGUGACGAAGAAUAAAUGAAUCAUGCGAAACUGCAAUACUACCCAGUAAGCAGGAAAUAUUAAAUCAAUCUUUCGAAAUAAUGAUAAAGACGUCUUUAAGGCGUCUUAAAGACAUUUUAAAGACACUUUGAAGUCGACCUACUUACGGACGACUUUAAAACGUCUUAAAGAUAUCUUAAAGUCAUCUUACAUCCCGGUUUUACGUUUAAUGCUAUCGGGGUAAGCAUGUAAUGCGAGCAAUAAUACAUUUACCGUAAUCUAGUAAUGGUAUUUUAUAUUCUGUUGGUAAUAUUUGUUACGUAGAGUAAUUGAAAUUAAGGCUCUUCGGUUCUCGCUACUG